CUUUGAUACAAAUAGACCAAUAUCUCUCUUUCUUCUUUCUUCUUCUCCAAACUUAGAACAGUAACUGUCAGUCAUGGUUCUCUCCAAAACAGCAUCUGAAUCCGACGCUUCCGUCAGCUCCACCUUCGCGUCUCGAUAUGUCAGGACUUCGCUCCCUAGAUUUAAAAUGGCGGAGUGCUCCAUCCCUAAGGAGGCGGCCUUUCAGAUAAUCAACGAUGAAUUGAUGCUUGACGGCAAUCCGAGGCUGAAUCUGGCCUCCUUCGUCACCACUUGGAUGGAACCGGAGUGCGAUAAGCUCAUCAUGGCCGCUGUUAACAAAAACUAUGUCGACAUGGACGAAUAUCCCGUCACCACCGAGCUCCAGAAUCGAUGUGUAAACAUGAUUGCCCACCUUUUCAACGCUCCUCUUGGAGAAGAUGAGACUGCUGUUGGAGUAGGAACAGUGGGAUCAUCAGAGGCCAUUAUGUUGGCGGGAUUAGCUUUCAAAAGAAAGUGGCAAAACAAGAUGAAGGCUCAAGGAAAGCCUUAUGACAAGCCCAACAUUGUCACCGGUGCCAAUGUCCAGGUAUGUUGGGAGAAAUUUGCUCGCUACUUUGAGGUUGAACUGAAGGAAGUGAAGCUAAGAGAAGGGUACUACGUUAUGGACCCGACUAAGGCGGUUGAAAUGGUAGACGAGAACACAAUUUGUGUUGCGGCCAUCCUCGGUUCCACCCUCAAUGGUGAAUUUGAGGAUGUCAAGCUUCUGAAUGAUCUCUUGGUGGAGAAGAACAAGGAAACAGGAUGGGAGACACCAAUUCAUGUUGACGCUGCUAGUGGCGGAUUCAUCGCACCGUUCUUGUACCCGGAACUGGUGUGGGACUUCAGGCUGCCGCUGGUAAAGAGCAUCAAUGUAAGCGGUCAUAAGUAUGGUCUUGUUUAUGCCGGAAUAGGGUGGGCCAUUUGGAGGAGCAAAGAGGAUUUACCCGAAGAGCUCAUUUUCCACAUCAAUUAUCUUGGAGCUGAUCAACCAACUUUUACUCUCAAUUUCUCCAAAGGCUCCAGUCAAAUCAUUGCUCAGUAUUAUCAACUAAUUCGCUUGGGUUUUGAGGGAUACAAGAACAUAAUGGAAAACUGCCAAGAAAAUGCAACGGUCCUGAAGGAAGGCCUGGAGAAAACAGGACGUUUCAACAUAGUCUCUAAAGAACAUGGAGUCCCGUUGGUUGCCUUCUCCCUAAAGGACAACAGCCGCCACAAUGAGUUCGAGCUUUCGGAUAUGCUGAGACGAUUUGGAUGGAUCGUACCGGCAUACACUAUGCCCGCAGACGCCCAACACAUAACAGUCCUGCGUGUUGUCAUCAGGGAAGACUUCUCGAGGACCCUGGCAGAGCGUCUGGUCUCGGAUAUCGAUAAGACCCUCCAUGAGCUAGACACUCUCCCGGCCAGGAUUAACUUUAAGAAUGAGAUGGCUAAAGAGGCAGGGAAGGUGAAGAAGACUGAUGUAGAGGUUAUGGAAGAGGUCACUGCAGCUUGGAAGAAGUUUGUUAUUGAAAGGAAGAAGACUAGUGGUGUUUGCUAAAAGGAGUGAUAUUGGUUAUGAACUAUCUACUUUAUAUAUUAUUGAUAAUUUGAUGAGUUACUGUUUGGCUUCCCCUAGUCAGUUCUUUUAUUUAUAUAAUUAAGGGGUUGUCUUUAAUUAAGCUAAACCAUGAGUAAACUAAAGAUUUCUAUAUUUUGUAUCCAAUAAUAUAGCAAUUGUUUGUUUGA